UGACGUCAGUCUUAAAUAGGUAUACUCGCCAUGAAUUGAGAAUAAAGAUAGGAUAGUUUUCUUUUACGAUUUUUCCGUGACUCGUAAUCCGUGUCCGCAGUGUUACAUUAUAAGAGUAUAAGUUAUAAAAUAAUUUUAUCAGUGUUGUCAUUUAUUGUUAUCAUUAUAGUUUUUUGUACAUUUUAUGUAAUUUCGUUAGACACGGUUACCUCAUUUGCCACACAAUUUAGUUUCUGAAAUGAAUGCAGAAGAAAUUUCAAUACCAGUUCCUUGGGGACAUAUUUCUGCAAAAAUGUACGGUAGCGACUCUCUUCCCGCCGUCCUUUGCGUCCACGGGAUCCAAGACAACUGCGACACUUUCGUAACACUUCUGCCAUUGUUGCCGAACGAUUACCACUACGUAUGCAUCGACUUACCCGGUCACGGUGGUUCCGCUCAUUUCCCCCCUCACGUGCCGCUAGAGUUCGUCAACUACAUAGGCUCCAUUAAGUGGGUGGCCGAUCACUUUGGAUGGCCCGAGUUCGUCUACCUGGGACACAGUUUCGGCGGCCAGCUGGGCACGUGGUUCUCCGGCAUUUACCCGGAACGCGUCCGGUGUCUGAUUGUGCUGGACACCAUGGGACCGAGGUCCGUAGACUUGGACAGCACGCCGGUUACUGUCCGGAAGCGGAUCGACAGCGCGCAAUCGCUGCACCGGAGGCAGUGCGGGCGUCAGGCGCCGGUGUACACGUUCGACGAGGCCGUCGCCAAAAUGAUGGCCGGCCGGCGUUCCAAGCUGACCAACGAGUCGGCGCGCAUCCUGGCCCGAAGAGGAUUGAUCCAGGUCGACGGUGACGGUGAUCGAUACACGUUCGCCAGUGACCAGCGCCUAAAAUUAGAAUUCCACCCAUUGAUGGAGUUCGGUCAACAGGAGCGCGUCCUGCGCAAUGUCACGUGCCCCGUGCUAUUCGUGUUGGCCGACGAAAACACCGCCCGUUAUUCCACAUACCUGAAAGACGCCUACGAGUUUAACAGCAAGAGACCGAACGUGACCGUCGCAGUUGUCAAUGGUGAUCACGACGUGCAUCUAAAUUAUCCAGACAGAGUGUUCAGUCUCGUGACAAAUUUUUUGCAAAAGUAUUGUAAACAUUAAACCGGCCGUACACACGCAUGUUUGUACUUAAAAAAUUGUAGUUUUCUGACGAUAUGACGUUGUGCGCGUAGUAGAAGUACACAACACUAUACAGUUUCAUCGUUAAUUGUUGACUAGUAUUAAGAAAAUUAUUUAUAUAUUGUAGUAGUUUUAUACUGUUUAAGUAAUAAAAGUUGAGUUACAAAAAUGUAUUGUACAUUUAUACAAAUGUAUACAAUCUUACUGCUGUAUGCCUAUAUAAAAGUCAAGAGUUCCGACGUUGUAGAAUAUUUUCCGCUUUAGAUUCCAAAUUUUCUUCUGUACCAUUUAAAAUGUUUUGCUUUGAGUGAAUUUAAAAUAGUUUUCGUAAUAAUCUACAAUCGUCCAUAUGUAGCCCUGUUGCCCAUUAGCAAAUACAACAACAUCCAAAGCUUCAAAAUAAACAGAAAAAACUUUAACCGA